UGCAGGUGACACGGAGCUCGUCCGUCAGGAAAAUCGGCCUCGACGGUUCGCAAGUUGGAUUGCUUCAUUCCAGCGCCAUUGACUGGCGGACCGACCACGCCGCGCCCGCCCACAGGAUGGCCGGCCUCCGGAGCAUGCGGUUUCUCCCGGGCGCGCUUGUCGCGUUGCUUCUUGCAUCAGCAACGCGAGCCGACAACAUAAUCAAUUUCGACUUCUACCCGUCGGGUGCCCAAGACUGUCUGUACCAAGCCGCCGCUACCUCGCAGUGCGAAUCGAGUACAGUGUCUGCCACCAACUCGUGUCUAUGCCGCAAUGGUGGAGACUUCGUCACGAACGCGGCGGCCUGUCUCGGCCGAUCCGACCCAAAUGAUCUGUCGGUUGUUUACGACACGAUGAGCGACGCCUGUGACGCCUCGCAAACCGCCCUGACCAUCAGCAAGGCCGCUUUCAUGGCAGCAGCGAACAGUGCUACCUCGACGAGUUCGACGGCAAGCGCUACCUCAACGACAACAACGUCCAGCUCCAGCACCUCGAGCACCAGUAGCGGCACGGCCACGGCGACCAGCCCUGCGGGCACUUCCGCUGCGGACAACCAGCAAGGAGGGCAAAAGAGCAGCGGACUCUCGACGGCAGCCAUGGCUGGGGUCAUAGUCGGUGCAGUUGCGGGUGGAGUGCUGCUCGCUGCACUUGGGUUCUUCCUCUUCCGCCGGCGGAGGAAGCUGGGGGAGGAAUCGCACCCGAUGCUGCCACAACAGGCGUACGCCGGGGCCAUUCCGGGGCCGCGCGAGUCGAGUGCGUACUACAGCAGCCCGCCUGGCACGGGCGGUUGGCCGAAGAAGGACUGGGGCCCGUCGCCAGACAUGCGCAGUAGCGGCUUCAAUUGGGAAUCACCGGCGCACCUGUCGUACCCGGGCGGCCCGCUCGCACCUUCGCCGCCGCUGCCGCCUCAGGAACUAGACAGCGUCCAGCACUUCCCCACCGGGUCUGCCCAGGCGCCGGCCGAGAUAAGCGGCACACCCAUCGCGACGGCAGCACCGGCCAGCAUGCAGUUCCAGCCCUACAACCCUGGACAGCGGCAGCCGGGAGUUGGUUAAGCCUGGCCACAGACGCGGCGGGGGGCUUGCGUUUUCUGGGGAGGGGGCAGACAAGCAGCGGUGAGAGCCAGACGACGUGCUCUC